AUGUCUUUCGGCGGACUAACUGCAUCACUCCAAGAGCACCCAAUUAACGUGGUUUUACUAGGGAUAAUAUCCUACCAACUGUCCUCCCUGUUCCGUUCAUCCUCCGCUUCUUCGCAAUCUCAAGGCGACGUUCCAAGUUCAUACAACGAAUCAUACAACUGGAAGCCAGCAAAGCACCCUUCUUGUACCGUCUGGAAAAAAUAUACACCCGUAUCCCUUCAGCCCUUCAGCGGCCGUGAUGGUGGUCAGAUAUUAUUAGCUAUUGAUGGAAAAGUAUUCGAUGUAACCAACGGAAGGAAUUUCUACGGUCCAGAUGGUAUGUACGGAAACUUUGCUGGGCGCGAUGCAUCUCGAGGCAUGGCCAAGCAGUCCUUUGAUGAAGAUAUGUUAACUCCGGUUGACCAGCCCCUUGACAAGCUUGAGGAUUUGACGCGAGAAGAAGUAGCGAACAUGCAAGGGUGGGUUGAACACUUUACUGGGAAGUAUACAAUUGUCGGUGAAUUGGUCGAGAAUGGGGCAGACUAG